AUGCUAUCGCAGAUGCACACCCGCGUCAAAUCCUGGUGGCAACAGACACCUUUGCCAACAAUUACACCUGCAGGAACGCCUAGCUUCCAGAAGUGGCACAACUUUGAUCGAGAACGAUGGAUUCCAUUUGUCAGGGACAAAACUUCUCAGCCUGGUAUCAGACAUCAAUGGGCGGGCUCAUUCCGCCUCGUGAGUUGGAACGUAAAUGCGGAUGCAUCGUUACCAAAGUCUCGUAUGUCUGCACUACUGCAGGUUAUCAAAACUACAGGAGCUGCAGAUGUUGUUUUCCUGCAAGAGGUAUCAAGGGAAGCACUUACAGCACUGCUUGAAGAACCCUGGAUACAGCAAAAUUGGUACACAAGCGACGUCGAUGCCUCCGCUUUUGGAAAGCAAAAGUUCAUCAGCAUCACCUUAGUGUCCAAGCUUUGGGUAGCCACAGAUGGUAUCCUGCUAGGCGCCAUCUGGAGGAUCUCAUUACCUAGUCGUUUUGGACGAGACGCCCUGUGCUGCGAUUUGCUCCUUAACUCUUCAAGCAAGCACACCUCUGGUAGAAGUUCCCUCCGGAUUCGACUUAUCAACGUCCACUUGGAUUCAUUGCCAAUCAACCCGUCACUCAGGCCAUAUCAACUCUCUAUCGCAGCGUCGUACCUCAGCGCAGCCGGCCGCGGGAUCAUUGCCGGCGACUUCAACCCCGUCCUCCCAGAAGACGACGACCUUGUCCGCACCAACGGUCUUACCGAUGCGUGGGUACACCUUCAUUCAAACGACCCAGGUCAUACUUGGGGUGUAUACGGUGAACAGUCAUUCCCUCCAAACCGGUUGGACAAAGUUGCUCUGUUUAACCUUACCCCUUCAAGCAUGGGCAUCUUGCAAACGAGCGAAUUGGUAUUAUGUAGUGAAAAGACCUCGGUUGAUGUAAGGGAAUCGGUUUCAAAAGCGCAUUUCAGCGAUCAUUUUGGUCUUUGGUGUGACAUUGGAUGGGCAGAAGACCGACCACAGUCGGAAUGA